AUGAUAAUCGGCGGAUUGAUCAAGAGAAUUGUCAUUACAUCAGCACUGCUGUCCAAAAGUGUUCUUCAGCCCACUAAAGCUCAUCUGGCGCUGAUCAAUUUCCUCAAAGGUAUGAUUGGUCCCGGCUGCUUCUCACUACCGUUGGCAUUUCGACAAGCUGGACUAUGGACCGGAUUCGCCCUGGUAUUUUUCAUUGGUCUACUUACGUGCAUUUGUAUGGCGAAAAUAGUGCGAUGCAGUCAAUUUUUAAGCUCACGGUAUGUACUUUACUAG